UAGAACAGUCUUGACCAAUCAGAAUACAGGGUGGAUCCUACUGAGCAAAAAUUGCAAGAUGGCGCUGAGAAGCUGUGUGUGAGGUCGCUGUCCUCCACAAGUCACCAUGAAAGGAAAAGAGCGCUCCCCGGCCAAAGCCAAACGGUCCCGGGGGGCGGACGAGUCUUCUCGGGAGCGAUGCGGCAAGAAGCUGAGCUCCACUAGUGGCAGUAACGGCAGCGGGUGCGCCGGCAAAUCCUCCGAGAGCAGCUCCGGGCGCCGCGGCCUGCACCUGGACAAGAGCCUCUCCAGCAGCCGAGACUAUGAGGCGUCCGGUAGAGCCCCCGGUCUGCACAGCUACGGCUCCCCGGCAGCCAGCAGUGGCAGCGGCAGCAGCAAGGGCGCGGAGAGCAGAGGGGGCGCCACCGGGCGGAACGUGGACGGCCGCGGGGAGUCGGAAUACAAGUCGCUGCGGAUCAGUGAGCUGGGCUCGUCCCUCAGCGAUGAGGCCAUAGAGGACGGGCUCUUCCACGAGUUCAAGAAGUUCGGAGACGUCAGUGUGAAGAUCUCCCGCACCGGAGACGAGCGGGUGGCCCUGGUGAACUUCCGGCGCCCGGAGGAUGCCCGAGCCGCCAAGCACGCCCGGGGUAGGCUGGUGCUGUACGACCGGCCGCUGAAGAUCGAGGCGGUGUACCUGCCUGUAAGUAACCGGCGCCGCAGCCGCUCCCCGGCGGACAAGGAGCCCUAUGCCAGCCUGUCUGCUGCCGUGUCCUCCUUGCCUGCCCACCGGCACAGCCAGCGAGCGCUCUCCCCGGGCGGCCUCGGCUACAGGGACUACCGGCUGCAGCAGCUGGCCUUAGGCCGCUUACCUCCUCCCCCUCCCCCACCGCUGCCCAGGGAGCUGGAGAGGGACCGGGACUACAGCUUCUAUGAGGGUCGGGUGCGGCCUGCCUACCCCCUAGACUCCCGCCUGAGCAUCAGGGAGGAUGACAGCUCCCCUGAGAAUGACCUGCGGGCUAACCGAACUCUGUUCCUGGGCAACCUGGACAUCAAUGUGACGGAGAGCGAGCUGCGCAGGGCGUUUGAGCGCUUUGGGACAAUUACUGAGGUGGAUAUCAAGAGAGCGGGCCGCGGGCAGGCCUCUACGUAUGGCUUCCUUAAGUUUGAGAACCUGGACAUGGCGCACAGGGCUAAGGUGGCAAUGUCUGGCAAGUACAUUCUCCGAAACUGUAUUAAGAUUGGCUAUGGCAAAGCCACCCCAACCAACCGCUUGUGGGUAGGUGGCCUAGGACCCUGGGUGCCAAUGGCAUCGCUGGCCCGUGAAUUUGACAGGUUUGGUACCAUCCGAUCUAUUGACUACAGGAAAGGGGACAGUUGGGCCUACAUACAGUAUGAAAGCUUAGACGCCGCCCAAGCUGCCUGCACUCAAAUGAGAGGCUUUCCACUGGGAGGUGAACACAGAAAACUGCGAGUGGACUUUGCGGAUACGGAUCAUAUCUACCAGCCCCCUUACCUUCAGACAUUGCCUGUACCCCAUUAUGAUUUGGUGGGAGAUGGCUUUGGCCAUAGGGCACCCGAUCCUCUACGAGCCAGAGACCGUACCCCACCUCUGUUGUAUAGGAACAGAGACAGAGACUUGUAUUCAGACUCUGAUUGGGUGCCCCUUCCAGUAAGAGACAGAAACAGAGUUGCUUAUGAGUCCAUAGAGACAUUAGACCGACGAGCAGGCAGCUGGUCUUUAGACAGAGAUCGUGAAAGAGACGGCGUAAGCAAAGAUCCGCCUAGAAAAAGAAGGCUCAUGGAUGAAAGCCGUCAUAUUGACCGCUCUCCUGAAAGUGAUCGCUCCAGAAAGAGACAGUGUAAUAGUCCUGACAGAAGUCGUGAUGGCAGUGCUGGGCGUGACAGCCGUUACAGUGAUACAGAGCGCACAGGUGGGCGCACUGAGCAGACGUCACCUUCCAGAGACUGGCGCAGUAGCAUUGAGCGUGGUGUCGGAGACAAGCGCGACAGAAAGAACAACUCAGUUGAAAAGGAGCGAAAGCAUCGUAUUGUGGAGAGCAAGAGCCCCGUGCGAAAAGAGGAGCAUCCUGAGCCCAGCAGUAAGGUCAAAUCGCCACAGAAGCCAGAUGCAACCCAAAAACUGUCCCUGGCUUGGCAGGGCAUGCUGCUCCUGAAGAACAGUAACUUUCCGUCCAACAUGCAUUUGUUACAAGGAGAUCUUGCCGUAGCAACCAGUCUGCUUAUUGAAGGGUCUUCAGGUGGGAAAGUUGCCCAGUUAAAGAUUACGCAACGUUUGCGCCUGGAUCAACCCAAGCUGGAUGAAGUGACGCGUCGCAUUAAAGUGGCCGGCCCCAACGGUUAUGCCAUCCUCCUUGCUGUCCCUGGUACAUCUGAUGGCAAUUUUACUGGAGAUCAAGCCAGCUCAACCCAACGUCCAUUGAGAAACCUUGUCUCCUAUCUAAAGCAAAAACAAGCAGCUGGUGUCAUUAGCCUUCCAGUGGGGGGCAGUAAGGAUAAGGAGAACACUGGAGUUCUUCAUGCUUUUCCACCAUGUGAAUUUUCCCAGCAGUUCCUGGAUUCUACAGCUAAGGCCCUUGCCAAAUCUGAAGAGGACUACCUUGUAAUGAUCAUAGUUCGGGGGGCAUCCUAAUUCAGUGUUCAUGUUCUCAUGCACUGUCCACGUGGUAUUAUGGGAUACAGUAGAAACGUUUCAUUUUGGUUUUGCUAUUUCAUUCUUUGUGCAGUGAUAUGGUGCUCCGUGCAGGUAUACUCAAGCCACUCUCCCGUACGUAGAACGUCUUCUGCCUUUCUCACUGCUUCAUCCAGAGCGAUUAACAAGCAGAGGUUUUCAGUGCAGGUUUCUAUAAUCUUCCUAAAACCUGCAGGCCUAUGCUUAUAAUGAAAAGCCCAGUACUACAGUUUACUGGAAAGGUAGAGCUAAAAUACAAGCUGCCAUGGGAGGUUACAGUGGGCCAGACACAAAGAUAGCAGCCCCUAUAAAAGUACAUUUUUCUUUCAUGUGGACACAGUUCGGUGCUUAUUUCCCUGGGAGAUAAAGGGUCAGGAAUGUUGAAAUCCAGCAUGCCUAAUGCUUUUGACUGGCAACUUAGAGCAAAGUGAUCUAAUGUUGAUUGCCAGAUUACUCAAAAGUAUAUGUACAUGUACUCUGCAGUUGUAAGGAGCAUUUCACUGUGAAAUGCCAUCUGCAGGCAGCUUGUUAUAGAUCAGGAGGAGCUGAGCGGAUAUAUAGUUUUGAGAGAAGAUUCAGUAAAUCUUGUGAUUUAUACAUUUAAAUCUGGCAUUUAUGACUUCAUUGUUCAUGUUGAAGGUGUUAUCAGUUAC